GAUGUCCGACGAGGUCGAGAUCAAAACCUACUUCAAGCUGGUAGACGUGGUCAAGUGGGUCGGCAUCACGCAGUUCGAGGUUCUGGUCAAUUUGCUCGCUUUCAUGGUAUUCAGUAUCAUUCUGACGAGCAAGGCUACCAGCGGAUCACUGACCGGACCCAUCAGUACCAGCGAAUGGUUGGUCAUGUUUUCGCCGCUGUUCUGCGGUGACUUUUGCAACGCCUACUUCUGCGUAAUCGUCGGCAUUCGGAUGUAUCUCAACAACAAACACCGACAGGCGAUGCAUCGACUGUCCUGGAGUGUUCACUUUCUACUGUUGACAGCCGGUUUCAAGUAUCUGGUGUGCAUGAAACUGUCCGGCCAAAGCGGUCUCGAGUAUAGUGAGGUAUUUUCACCGAUAUUUGUCCUGCUGCAACUGAUUGCGGUCAAAGCGUGCCAGUUCAAGCAACAAUCGUGAUAAGAAGGAUACAUUGAAGGUGGCUUUAUUUGACUAUGUGAAUUCCUUUCCAUCAGUCGACGCCACUAUCUUGCCGGUAUUACGCGGAGAUGGUUGUCUAUGAAACAACUGCAACUGAAACAGGUCAAAUGCGCUUUGCAGCUUUUACAUCUUUCGAUUGUAGAUAAUCAAAACCUGGUGCCACAAAGUUUUCGGAAAGGUAGGCAGGAGUUUGAAAAAAAAAAUGAAAUAAAAAUCACUUUCUGCAGUUGGCUAUGUGACAGGUUAUGAUGAAAUUGAAAA